ACAAAAUCACAUUCGUGGCUAACGAGAAUCCAAAUUGAAUUUCGGAGAAACUCAAGUGGAUAAGAAUAAUCUUGAGCAGAUUCAGUUACGUUGGUUACAAAUUCCUGUAGAACUCUCCGAUCACAUGCGCUUCUCCGCCGGAACAGAAGACGCAAUGAGUUCCACGGCGGCCAACUCCUCUUCACCUCUCGACUGGAAAUUUUCUCAGGUUUUCGGCGAACGUCGUCCAGGCGAAGACGUUGAAAACAUUGAUGUCAUAUCUGCUAUUGAAUUUGACAAGAGCGGUGAUUAUCUUGCUGUCGGAGAUCGAGGAGGACGUGUUGUGAUUUUCGAAACUAAAGCUAGUAAAGAUGUGACAAGUAAGCAACAUUUGAGAAAUGCAUCAGAAGGAUCGGAUGAUGUGGUCAUACAGCAUCCCGAGUAUAGAUACAAGACCGAAUUCCAAAGUCAUGAGCCCGAGUUUGAUUAUUUAAAAAGUGUGGAAAUCGAAGAGAAGAUCAACAAGUUGAAAUGGUGCACGACCUUGAACGGAUCACUCUUUAUGCUCUCAACAAACGACAAGACCAUCAAACUUUGGAAGAUUAAGGAACGAAAAGUCAAGAAAGUGAAGGAAAUGGAUCUUACUCGUAGUGUUUCUUCAGAGAGUGCUCUUUUGUCUGAAAGCAGUUUUCUUAGCCAUGAAUCUAAAUCAUCGGUUGCUAAUGGUCACCAGCUAGAAUGGAUAGAUAAUAUCAAGACAAAUGUCUCCCCUUCUUCUACAGGAUAUAUGAAUGGUGAAAAUAUUGUGGAUGGUGCUAUUGCAAGAUGUCGGAGGAUGUUUGGGCAUGCUCAUGAUUAUAAUAUCAACUCUAUCUCUAAUAAUAGUGAUGGGGAGACAUUUAUCUCUGCUGAUGACCUUAGGAUUAAUUUGUGGAACCUUGAGGUGAGCGACCAAUGCUUCAAUAUCAUUGACAUGAAGCCAUCAAACAUGGAUGAUCUUACAGAGGUUAUAACAUCAGCAGAGUUUCAUCUACUGCAUUGUAAUUUGCUCGCGUAUAGCAGCUCAAGGGGUUUUAUUCGGCUAGUAGACAUGCGACAAUCAGCAUUAUGCGAUCGUAGUGCUACAAUGUUGCAAGAUACGGAAUCUCGAGUGCAAAAAACUUUCUUUACAGAAAUCGUAGCAUCAAUUUCUAGUAUAAAAUUCGCAACAGAUGGAAGACACAUCUUAAGUCGCGACUACAUGAAUUUAAAGCUGUGGGAUAUGCGUAUGCCGACGUCACCAGUUGUGACAUAUAAAAUUCACGAGCAUCUUCGCCCAAAGUUAUGCGAUUUGUAUAAUAACGACGCCAUAUUUGACAAGUUCGAUUGCUGCAUUAGUGGAGAUGGGAAUCACUUUGCGACAGGGUCAUAUAGCAAUCACAUGAGAAUAUUCUCUAAUGGAGUUGGAACUGAAGAUGGAACUACACUGGAAGCUAGCAGACAUUCUUAUAGAAAGCGACAACAGCAAUCAGUUUCAAGGGCCAGAAGAUCAUCACUGAGUAACUUGACACGUGGAUUUUACAAACAAGGUCACGAUGCUUCAGAAAACAACGAAUUUUCUUGUGACUUAAAGUCCAAAUUGCUGCAUAUAUCAUGGCACCCGAAAACCAAUCUUAUUGCAUGCUCAACAGGGAACAGCUUGUUCAUGUAUCAUGCAUAGAAUAAAAAUCCAACACAAAUACAAACAAAUAUUUAAUAUGAUAUGACGAUUUGAUACAUUUGUUACACAUUUUUUGAGCUAAAUGUGUAUGCAUAUAUAAAAAGUUAAGCCAACGGAUUUGUGAUUUUGCAAUGAUGAUAUUAGAAUUCAGAAAGAUUUUGGACUUGGA